UGGCAUUCAGCCCUCUUUCCCGGCUGCAUUCUGCACACGGUCACGGCCUUCAGACUGUAUCUUAUUCCCUUCCAGACCACAGGCAGCCUGUGGGAGCUGGUCGGGGCCCUGGGGCAAGCGGACACGCUGGAGGGACUCGAGAACGACCUGUUCGCCUCUUGCUUCCUCGCCAUCGCCUGCUCCCCGGCACGGCACCUCUCGGGAGCCCAGCAGGACCUGCCCAGUGACGCCAGUCCCCGUAGCAUGGCCGUGCAGGCCCUGGCGCGGGUGCUGCACCUCAGGGGCAGUCAGCCAGCUGUGGAGCUCAUGGACCAGGAGUGAGGCUGGCAGCUGCAAGAGGAGGCCCAGCCCAAGGGGUUCACUCUCCUUAGCAGGGCCAUGGUGAUCCACCGAAAGCAGUCCCUGAGGAGCAUCCCAUGGCUCCUCCUUCCCAGCCUCCAGGCCAGCCAGGAGGACGAACGCAUGGCCUGCAGUGUCCUGUUGGCAGAGUUCCUCGGCAGCCCCCUGCUGAAGGAGAAGGAGCCCAAGGCCAUGCGGAAACAGGUUGUGAAGGCCAUGCUGCAGCGGACAGAGGACAGCAACAUCCACAUUCGAGGCAGAGCGCUGCACGGCCUCAGGAACGCAGUAACCGAGUUCCCGGACAAGGUGGGUCUGGAAUGGCAGGAUACUAGGCAGAGAGGGCUGGGUAGGAAGCUUCUGGUUCCCCUUCUCCCCAGCCCAUGGCUCCUGUGGAGCAGACUGGGCUGUAGGCUGACUUGCCUGGACUGUGGUUCCACUCAGGCUGACAGAGCGUUGCUCACCGAGCAGCAUCCAACCCCUUCUCUGCAGGUAAGGAAGAAGCAAGACCAGAUCCUGGGGAGCUUUGUCUGCGCCGUGUGCGAAUGCUGCGACCCCCGCGCCGUUCUGGAUGCCAUGGAAGGGCUCUGCUGGAUGCUGCCGGACCCCAAGGCGUCUCUGAAGGCUCACGUCGCCGUCCCACUGGCCCUGCAGGCGAGAGAACAACGGCCUGAGGCGGGCCUCCAUGGAGCUCUUUGGCCAUCUCAGCAAAUUUGUUUGCAAGAAGUCGUCCCUCUUUAGGGCUGAGGUGGAGGAGAGAAUGGGGACGCUGCACAUCCACCUCCAGGACGGGGACCCCCAGGUGGCUCAGGUGUGAAGGGUGGCAUUGCUGCGCUGUGCACCCUUCCUCAGCUACCAGCUCCUGCGCGCGCUCGUGCGGAGCCAGCUGGCUGCAUCCCCACCUUCCUGAGUGAAGCCUGCAGGACCCUGCUCCAGGACUGCCUGGGGAGGCUGAGCAAGAAGGCUGCCCUGAGAGCAGCCGCUGCCCAGCAGCUGAUAGGUAAGAAAAGGGCUGGAGCUCUACUUCCUAUUAUCCCUCCCUGCCCCAUGAGUCCAGGGCCCAGUGCCACAUGCACACUCCCAGCCCGGGGCCGGCGGGGAGGCCUCCUCUGCCCACACACAAACCCAACCAACUUCCCACCUCCUUGGGACAAAGGGGGAACCAAGGCUCCUUGCAGUCAGAGGCUGGAGGGCUCUACGGCCAGAGGGUCUCCUCUGUCCUGGCCCUGGGCAAGCUCAGCACCUGCAGCAGGAGCAGGCCCGAGGGAGAGAUCCUGCCUCCCAAAGGCUCACCCUGGUUCCCCUCCCCCCACCCCCGAGGCACUGGCCCCAGCCAGGUUCCCCUGCAGCCUGUACAGGGAGGGCAGAGAUUCACAGGAAGCCCCAGCCCUGCCCACCUCAGCUACCACCAGCCAUGUAGGCAAAGAGCCAGGGUAGCAUUUCUGCCACACUGUGCUUCACGCCAGCGCCCAGUGUGUGCACAACACCUCUCCUAGCCUUCGUGGGGCACGAGGCCAAAG